AAUUACCACAUCCAUCCGCAGCCACCGUCGCAGUCUCAGUUGAAUCGGCGGCGACACCUACAGAGAUUGUUGAGAAGCCUUUGAGUGAACCCCCAUUCUGGUUUGUAGUUCGUUUCUCCUGGGCAUUCUGUGAAGACCCAACAUUUACACUUCGCUCUACUCUGCUACAUCUCUGCAAAUUGGGUGGGCUUGUGUGGUGGAGCUUUCAGCUUCUCCUUAACUCUUCUCACCUCUCUGUUUCAGUCAAAACUAGAGAACCCACAAGUAUCUCACUUUUUGAUUACUUUUUAUAUAUUUAAAUUGUUCUAUAAACAACUGGGACGAGUGGUCCACGGUCAAUGCCUGACUUGCGCUUUACUUCACAAAGAAAUGUUCCGAAACAGAAACAGAGGAGACUGGAGAGAAACUGAGUCUGAGAGUGAGAUAUAAAUCAGGAAAGUCUGCUUGAACGGAAAGAUCGGAAAGAUAUAAUGAACCGAAGAAGGGCUUUUCUGCUCAAAAUCGUCCUCUUCCUCUUCGUUCUCAACUGUGUUUCUCUCUAUGGGUACUUGCACUUCUCUUCUCAACCCAAAUCCCAAACAACCUCUGAAGAGGAGGGCCAGAAGCAGCUCCCGGAGAAGGAGAACCAGCAGCAGCAGCAGCAAGAACAACAACAACGACGACCCGUCUCGGUCAAUUUCCAUGGAAAACCAUGGCCCAUCCUCCCUUCUUACCUACCAUGGGAUUUAAACCCUAAAGUCACUCGGAAGUCAUGCGAAGGUUAUUUUGGCAACGGGUUCAAUCGCCGUAUCGAUCUUCUCGUUUCCUCUUCUGAGAUCGAUUCAAAAUCCCACACCAAUUCUGGUGGCAGCGGUUGGUUUCGGUGUUUUUACAGUGAAACACUUGAGAGCUCCAUAUGCGAAGGUGGGGGACUGCGGAUGAACCCGGAUAGGAUACGAAUGUCUGUUGGAGGGGAGAAGCUGGAAUCUGUAAUGGGGCGACAGGAAGAGGAGGAACUCCCUUCCUUUGAUUCGGGUGCUUUUGAGAUUGAAUUUUCCCAACGGCUCAGCCAGGGCGGGAGCUUGAGGAGGAACGGAGGGAAGCUCGUGAACGAGGAGUUCCUUGAUCAGUUUGUGCCGCGGGGUGGAAUCCAGAUGCAUACAAUGCGGGCUUUACUUGAUUCGACUCGAUUGCUUGAUCCCGAUGAGUUUAAGUGUUCCCAGUGGGUUGAGGAGCCAACACUUUUAGUCACACGUUUCGAGUAUGCAAACCUUUUUCACACAGUGACAGACUGGUACAGUGCAUAUGUGGCUUCCAGAGUUACUGGCUUGCCUAAUCGACCUCACGUGGUUUUUUUGGAUGGCCAUUGUAAGGCGCCUCUGGAAGAAACUUGGGAAGCCCUUUUUUCGAGUGUGAAAUAUGCUAAAAACUUCAGUGGUCCAGUUUGUUUCCGCCAUGCCAUUCUCCCACCAUUGGGUUACGAGACAGCUCUUUUUAAAGGUUUGACUGAAAACAUCAACUGUCAGGGAGCAACUGCACAUGAUCACUGGAUAAAUCCUAAUGACCAAAGGACUGCACGAUUGUUUGAGGUCGGAGAGAUGAUACGAUCAGCUUUUGGUUUUCCUGUCAACAAAAAGCGGCAACCAAAACUGGUUUCAGGUCAUAACAUCUUAUUUGUGCGUCGUGAGGACUAUUUAGCUCACCCGCGUCAUCGUGGCAAAGUUGAAUCAAGGCUUAGCAAUGAACAGGAAGUGUUUGAUGCUCUGAAGAUUUGGGUGAAUAAUCAUUCGAAAUGCAAAGUGAACCUUAUUAAUGGAUUAUUUGCACACAUAUCCAUGAAAGAACAAGUUCGUGCCAUUCAGGAUGCUUCGGUCAUAAUUGGAGCGCAUGGAGCAGGUCUCACUCACAUUAUUUCCGCAACACCCAAUACUGUGGUUCUUGAGAUAAUAAGCAGCCAGUACAGGCGCCCACAUUUCGAAUUGAUCGCACGGUGGAGGGGGCUGGAAUAUCAUGCCAUUAAUCUAGCUGGAUCAUAUGCAGAGCCAGAAGUUGUUACCAAGAAGGUUAAUGACAUAAUGACAAGUCUUGGCUGCUAAUACUCGGUAUUGUGGUUUUGGAUCCAUCCCUCAUUAUUUUGCAAUUCAAAGAUCCAACGAGAGUAAGCUAGCAAAGAAUUCCUGUUUUCUAGUUGAAAUCUUCCAUUUCACAUGGUCUUAUUCUUGGAUGGAAAUUGCCACUAGCUCAUCUCUUCAAAAGAUCUUGUCUUUAUGUGAAAAUGAUGAUUAUGUAUAUUUAGUUCUUUCUUUGAUUGUUACUUCCCACUUCCCAGCUUGCAGUGCCUAUACAAAUUACAGACCUCAUACAAGUUGCUUUAAGGAGUUCGCUACCCAAGAGUUCCAUCCAGUUGGAGGUGAAUUGUGGAUAUGCAUUUAUGAUUUAGUCAAGCAUGUAUCUAUACUGAGAAUUAGCAUUUUGGUCCAAAGAAUUGGAGUCUGGGGCACAGGAUUUGGUUAUGAAGUGUCUCUUUGCAGUUUCACUGUGAGAUGGUAGCAUCUUGAGUGGCCAGAUACUUCUGAUGGAGCAAGAAUUGUAGCCUUCUUUUAAUUGCUCUCUUGUUUUUACUAUUAUCAUUCAGUUACUAACUGCAGGGAAGAGAAAAUGUUUGGGCUUUGAUUUUGUUCUUAGCCUUCUUUAUUACCAUUGAUUUAAACAGAAGUUUAGAUUGUACAAUACAAUUUUGCAUUUAUUUAUGGGAUUCAAAUGGGUUGCACCUA